AUGCAGAGGAGUAUGUGUACUCUGAGGAAGAAUCUGAGAGAGAGAUUGAGGGAGGAGAGGAGGACCAAGAAGAGGAAUGACCCCAUUAGUAGUGAGAGUGAGCAAGGGGAGUUUGAGAUUGGAGUGAACCUUGUUCAAGAGGAGGGAAAUGGCUCUCCAAGUGAAGAAGGAGUGAUGAGACUGAGAGUGAAGAGGAAGGAGAAGAGAUGUGGAGCUUUCUCAAGAACAUGCACUUGGCCAAGCUUCUUCUCUUAUCACAUGGAAUCCUACAAGGAGCUCACUUGCGAGUUCUUAGCUUCAAUGAGGUACCACAUGUAUGAAGAGGAAGAUAGAGCUGAUUUGGACCAAGGAUUGGGAUGGAUCACGUUCUUGGCUAAGGGAGAGAAGAGAAUGGUGACCUUUAGGCAGCUGGAAAUCUUGUUUGGGUUCAACUAUGGAGAGGGUACCAAGUGGAACUUCAAGGAAAGGAACUCCAAAGGGUUUGGGCUACAAUCGCUGAUGGAGUGUACUCUUCCUCAAGGUCCAAGGCAGCUCAGAUCAGGAGCCCAGUCUUGA